AUGAAAGGUAUAUGUGCCUUGUCCAAUUAUGAAUAUAUUGUGUAUGCUUUAGGAAAUUUGCUUACGUGGCAAGACAUAAUUGGUUGAUAGAGUUGGCGGGAGUUGGUGAGUGACCCAACCCAACCCUUUCUUACUCUAAUUUUUUCCCCUUAAAAAGUAGGGUAGGAGUCUUAAGAAGCUCAACACCAUUGGACUCUCAAACAAUUCACACACACACCAAAUCCUAAACUACCUCAACACAAUUCAACACAACUCCUCAUCUCUAACAUUUUCUCAUCCUCAAAGUGAAACCAAACCAUUAAAAAAAAUAGAGAUGAUCAUCAACGUGAGAGAUUCGACAAUGGUACGACCGUCGGAUGAAGUUACACGAAGAACGGUGUGGAACUCCAACGUUGAUUUGGUGGUGCCGAAUUUCCAUACACCAAGUGUUUACUUUUAUAGAACCAAUAGUGCUUCGAAUUUCUUUGAUGCCAAGAUUAUAAAGGAAGCACUGAGUAAGGUGCUUGUACCAUUUUAUCCAAUGGCUGGUCGUCUUCGUCGCGACGAAGAUGGCCGUGUUGAAAUUGACUGUAAUGGUCAAGGAGUGCUCUUUAUCGAGGCCGAUACUGGUGUGGUCAUCGAUGAUUUUGGUGAUUUUGCACCCACGCUUAAGCUCCGUCAGCUUAUCCCAGCCGUUGAUUAUUCUCAAGGAAUUGAAACAUAUCCCCUCUUAGUGUUACAGGUAACAUACUUCAAAUGUGGAGGAGUGUCACUUGGUGUUGGUAUGCAACAUCAUGUAGCAGAUGGAGCUUCUGGUCUUCACUUCAUCAAUACAUGGUCAGAUGUAGCUCGUGGCUUAGAUGUUUCCAUCCCACCAUUCAUCGACCGGACACUACUUCGUGCCCGUGAUCCGCCUCGCCCCGUUUUCGAACACAUUGAAUACAAGCCUCCACCAUCCAUGAAGACUAGUCCACAUAAUCAACCAACAAAAGCAGACUCAGAAGCUACGGCAGCCGUGUCUAUUUUCAAAUUGACCCGCGAACAGCUCGUCACAUUGAAAGCUAAGUCCAAAGAAGCUGGCAACACAAUCAACUAUAGCUCUUAUGAGAUGUUAGCCGGUCAUGUUUGGAGAAGCGUGUGCAAAGCAAGAUCACUUCCUGAUGAUCAAGAAACUAAAUUGUAUAUUGCGACCGAUGGAAGGGCAAGGUUGCAGCCUCCUCCUCCACCAGGUUAUUUUGGCAAUGUGAUUUUCACAACAACACCUAUAGCUAUAGCUGGUGAUCUCAUGUCAAAACCAACAUGGUAUGCUGCAAGUAGAAUCCACAAUGCGUUGUCUCGAAUGGACAACGAGUAUUUGAGAUCAGCUCUUGAUUAUCUAGAGCUACAACCAGAUCUUAAAGCUCUUGUUCGCGGUGCACAUACUUUCAAGUGUCCGAAUCUUGGCAUUACUAGUUGGGCUAGGCUUCCAAUUCAUGAUGCUGAUUUCGGUUGGGGAAGGCCUAUUUUCAUGGGACCGGGUGGAAUUGCUUAUGAAGGAUUGUCUUUCAUAAUUCCAAGCUCAACAAAUGAUGGAAGUUUAUCUGUUGCAAUUGCUCUUCAACAUGAGCAUAUGAAAGUGUUUAAGGAAUUGUUGUAUGAUAUUUGAAGAAACAAAAAUGAUUAAGGAGCUUGGCUUUGUUGUCAUUCAGAACACCACUAUGUUUCUAAGGUGGUGUUCUGUUUCCUACUUUUUUUGUUUAGAUACUUUUGGUGAACUCUAUGCAAAUGUUAAUGUGACUUGUUUCAGCUUACAAUAGACUGAAUUCUGUGGUGUAAGCUUUAUAAUCUGUAAACAACUUAUUUUGUUAUUACAGUUACCACAAGACUUCAAACAUUUGGAAACUUGUUAA